GAAAAUGGCGGUGCCCCGUCGAUCCUCACAGCACCAACAAAGCAGCCUGCAGCCGUCUCCGCGGAACGCCGUUAUCGCAUCCCCCCCACCGGAAUUGCCGUCCGCGAUUAUUCCCGAAUCGACGACUUUAUUGAGCCCCUCGGCCACUGGCGCAGCGGAAUGCGGCGGAGCCACGAUGGAGUCCGCAGCGGCCUCCUCCGCCUCUUCCCCAGACCGGCCCGCCCCAGCAACAGCAGCGGCCGCGCUCGGCAGCUCCAGCUGCAGCAGCAUUAGCUCCAGCGCGACCGCAGGCAGCCAGAGCCCCGGCUCAGGGGCGGCCAGUCCCGGGGACGGAGUGUGCGGGGCCGGCGGGGCGUUCAGAGAGCUGUUCGAGGCCUGUCGGAACGGAGAUGUGUCUCGGGUGAAGAGGCUGGUGGACUCGGUGAAUGUGAACGCCAAAGACAUGGCCGGACGAAAAUCAACCCCUCUGCAUUUCGCUGCAGGCUUUGGCAGAAGGGACGUGGUGGAGCAUCUCCUGCAGACCGGAGCAAACGUGCAUUCCCGCGACGACGGCGGUCUGAUCCCGCUCCAUAACGCCUGCUCGUUCGGGCACGCGGAGGUGGUCAGCCUGCUGCUGUGUAGCGGUGCAGACCCCAACGCACGUGACAACUGGAACUACACACCUCUGCACGAGGCCGCCAUCAAGGGCAAAAUAGACGUGUGCAUUGUGUUGCUCCAGCACGGCGCUGAUCCGAACAUCAGAAACACUGACGGCAAAUCAGCUCUGGACCUGGCAGACCCUUCUGCUAAGACCGUCCUCACCGGUGAAUAUAAGAAGGAUGAACUGUUGGAGGCAGCGAGGAGCGGAAAUGAGGAAAAGUUGAUGGCACUUUUGACCCCACUUAACGUCAACUGUCACGCCAGCGAUGGGCGCAAGUCAACAUCUCAAAAAAUGCUGUCCACUCCUCUUCACCUGGCCGCUGGGUAUAAUCGAGUGCGUAUAGUGCAGCUGCUGCUGCAGUACGGUGCUGAUGUCCAUGCCAAAGACAAAGGUGGUCUAGUUCCUCUGCAUAAUGCAUGCUCUUAUGGUCACUAUGAGGUCACAGAGCUCCUGCUGAAGCACGGGGCGUGCGUUAACGCUAUGGACCUGUGGCAGUUCACGCCGCGCUGCAUGGAACUAAUUCAUUAUGAGCUCUUCCUGAAUUCUGUGAACGCUGUGGACACACUGGGACAGACAGCCCUGCACAGGGCGGCCCUCGCCGGUCACAUCCAGACUUGCAGACAAUUGCUGAGUUACGGAGCCGACCCGUCAAUCGUUUCACUGCAGGGCUUCACUGCGUCACAGAUGGGCAAUGAAGCCGUACAGCAAAUACUCAAUGAGAACAUUCCUCCUCGUAAUUCGGAUGUGGAUUACCGCUUCCUCGAGGCUGCUAAAGCCGGAGACCUUGAUACAGUGAAGCAACUGUGCUCCCCUCAAAAUGUGAACUGCCGUGACCUGGAGGGCCGCCACUCCACCCCGCUGCAUUUUGCUGCAGGCUACAACCGUGUGGCUGUGGUGGAAUACCUGUUGCAUCAUGGGGCCGACGUGCACGCUAAAGAUAAAGGUGGUCUGGUUCCUUUGCACAACGCGUGUUCGUACGGUCACUACGAGGUGGCAGAGUUACUGGUGAGACAUGGAGCGUCUGUGAACGUGGCGGACCUUUGGAAGUUCACACCACUACAUGAAGCUGCAGCCAAGGGCAAAUAUGAGAUCUGCAAACUGCUGCUCAAGCACGGCGCAGACCCGUCUAAGAAGAACCGUGAUGGCAAUACGGCUCUGGACAUGGUGAAGGACGGAGACACAGACAUCCAGGACCUUCUGCGUGGAGACGCCGCCCUGCUGGAUGCCGCUAAGAAGGGCUGUUUGGCCCGUGUGCAGAAACUCUGCAGCCCUGAGAAUAUCAACUGCAGAGACACACAGGGCAGGAACUCCACACCACUGCACCUAGCAGCUGGUUACAAUAACCUGGAGGUGGCCGAGUAUCUCCUGGAGCAUGGAGCAGAUGUGAACGCUCAGGAUAAAGGAGGACUAAUCCCUCUGCAUAACGCUGCUUCAUAUGGGCAUGUGGAUAUCGCUUCAGACUACACUGAUUCUGUCUUGGAUAUGAACAUCUCACAAUUCCUGAAGAGUCUGGGGCUUGAACAUUUGAGGGACAUCUUCGAGAGCGAACAGAUCACUCUGGACGUGUUGGCCGAUAUGGGUCACGAGGAACUCAAGGAGAUCGGCAUCAAUGCUUACGGACACCGUCAUAAACUCAUCAAAGGCAUCGAGAGGCUGCUAGGAGGACAGCAGGGUGCCAACCCAUACCUGACGUUCCACUGCACCAAUCAGGGCACAGUUUUGAUCGACCUGGCCGUGGAUGAUAAAGAGUUUCAGUCUGUUGAGGAAGAGAUGCAAAGCACAAUUCGGGAGCACAGGGACGGAGGAAAUGCAGGUGGCGUUUUCAAUCGAUACAAUGUCAUCAAGAUCCAGAAGGUGGUGAAUAAGAAACUGAGAGAGCGAUACACACACAGGCAGAAAGAGAUCGCAGACGAGAAUCACAACCACCACAAUGAACGAAUGCUGUUUCAUGGAUGUAUUAGUGUGUUAAUGUGUGGUGGUGGUGUUGUUUUCCAGGCCUACCCAGAGUAUCUCAUCACUUAUCAGAUAGAAAAGCCGGACAGCACGCCUCAGUCCUCCACAGGAGCAGAGCAGAAAUCAUAGUCAGACACUGCGUUUCUACACUCACUCACUCAUCACUCGCUCGCUCACUCACUCACUCAUUCUUUCUUUCUCACUCUCGUUGCACAAUGGAAAUGUGAACUUUCCCAUGUACCCACGUCUUGGAAUUCCCAUGUAUGAAUUAUGGAUUUGCACUUUUAAAAACAAGUUACUUAAGUUAUUUGAAAAUAGUUGCAAUUGUGAAGUCUAAUGUACAGGUAGUAUAAAGAAAACAUGUAAAACUGACUGUGUUUAACGAUGCUAUUUGAGUUGUAUUUUAAUGGAACUUUUUUUUUUUGAGUCUGUUAAUGUCUUU